AUGGGUUCUGUCAACAUUCUCACAGACAUCUUCAUCUUGGUCAUGCCAAUGCGAGCUUUCGGGCAGCUGAAACUCCAACGAACGAAGCGCUUUGCUCUCCUCGGUGUAUUUCUCGUGGGUGGUGUAGCAGUAAUCGCCUCUAUCGUCCGUCUGUACGCGCUCUGGGUAUACGCUGUGACGGACGACCCACCAUACGACGACGUAUUCAUCCUCUUGCUUUCCCAAAUCGAAGUAAAUGCAGCCACAAUAUCUGCCUCCGCACCCGCCCUCCGCCCCCUCCUCAACAGAGUCUUCGCCUCGUCUUCCCGCAACCACUCCGGCCCAUACCCAGUGUCCUACGGACCUGGGGGACCAAGUUCCAAAAUGUUCAGUCGUACCGCUCGUACACGUUCGAACGGACAAAUGGAGCUCUACUCGUUCGGUGGAGGCAACAGAACGAGUAAGGCACCGAUAGGCGGAACGCGGAAUACAAGUGAAGAGUCGAUACUCGGUACUGAGGGUAUUACAAAGACAGUGGAGACGAGAAUCGAGGAAAACUACAUGGGAGAGUCUGUACAUGGAAAACAUGGCGAGACGCAGGGGUAUGACGGUGUGAGACAUAGUGAUGUAUGA